AUGUAUUCGAUUACUGCCUUAAAGGCUUAAACCCUGGAGAAAAAAAACGUACUCGUUAAUUCUCCGGGAACCGAAUCUUCACCCGAAAUAUGGGUGGUGGUCCGAGAAUUUUCCCUGGAGGACUCAAUAAGUGGCAAUGGAAACGUAUGCACGAGAAGAAAGCUAGAGAGAAAGAGAACAAGCUCUUGGAUCAAGAGAAACAGCUUUACGAAGCUCGAAUCAGGACCGAGAUCCGAGCUAAAAUGUGGGGUAAUUCCGAUUCCGGCGAGAAAACGAAGAAAUCGAGUCAGAGUCACGGACCAAUGAGCCCGAAAGAACAUAUCAAAACCUUGGCUGAUCGGUUUAUGAAAGCUGGAGCAGAAGAUUUGUGGAACGAGAACGAUGGGCCGGUGAAGGAAUCAGAUGAUGGAUGGGGAUUAUCUCGUAGGGAUAAUGGACGGUCAGGUUCGAAUUCGAUUGAUUCUUCUUCUAAUUCGUCUAUUGAUGUGAGGAAGUUAGUUAGUGGUAGGAGAGGUUUUUCGAGUAUGAGAAGAGGUAGAUUUAAGAGAAAUGAGAGUUCUUGUGAUGAAGGAGAUGACUUUGAUGCUAAAAAGUUAGAUACUUUGAGUCCUUUUUCUCCUAAAUUUGCGGGUACCAAGGAGAAAGUGAAGAGCUCGAAGAGUGUUGUUGGAGUUAUAAGGAACAAAGGUUUGUUUGGGAGAAGGAAGUUUAGGAAGAAUGAUAGUUCAACUGAAGAGGAUUCAGAGGAAGAAGGCGAAGAGGGAAAGAUGAACGGUUGGAUGGAUUUGAGGAAAACAGGAAGCAGUGCGGCGUUAGGAAACCACGAUAUCAAACUGACGAAAAGAGUGAAUCGUAAUGUCACGGACGAAGGGCUAUAUCCUCCGUUGGAUAUUAAUACAGUCAGAGAAGAUCUUAGUAAAAGAAAAUCUGUGGAUAAUGUAAUGGAGGAGAACCGAGAGCCUCAUGACUCGAUUUUCAGUGGAAAAAGAUUUGAUGAGUCUAGUAUAUCUCCUUUGACGCUAAAGGCGCUUUCUGUGUCUGGCAUUGUUAAGAUGACUAGAGUACAGGAUGCCACUCUCUCUGAGUGCCUAGAUGGUAAAGAUGCAUUAGUCAAAGCCAAAACCGGGACAGGAAAAAGCAUGGCGUUUUUGCUUCCUGCAAUUGAAACAGUUCUGAAAGCUAUGAACAGCGGUAAUGGCGUUCACAAAGUUGCUCCGAUAUUUGCUCUUAUCCUCUGCCCCACAAGAGAACUUGCAAGCCAGCGGGUCGGUAUACCGAGUGACAGAGAACAGUAUAUACAUCGGCUUGGUAGAACCGGGAUAGAAGGCAAAGGAGGUGAAAGAUUGCUUUUGAUUGCGCCAUGGGAGAGAUAUUUUCUUGAUGAGCUUAAAGAUUUGCCUCUUGAGCCAAUUCCAGUUCCAGAUCUUGAUUCAAGAGUUAAACUUCAGGUUGAUCAGUCUAUGGCUAAGAUUGAUACAAGUAUUAAAGAAGCAGCGUACCAUGCUUGGCUCGGUUAUUACAACUCGGUUAGAGAAACCGGUAGAGACAAAACCACGUUGGCCGAGUUAGCUAACCGGUUUUGCCAUUCUAUCGGUUUAGAGAAACCUCCUGCUUUGUUUCGAAGAACGGCGGUUAAGAUGGGUCUCAAAGGUAUUUCUGGUAUUCCAAUCCAAAAAUAAACCGACCCGGGUUGGUAAUUAGAUGUAUCCUCGAGAAAUGUAUGAACACAUUUAUGGUCAACAUCAAAUUUAAAUAAUUUUGUUAUUUAAUUAUCAAUAUACGAUUUAUUUAUUUUUUU